AUGCACCGUUCUUAUUCUUAUAGAGUAGAGAGAAACGCGCUUUCACACCUUCGUAACCCGAAAUGGUUGGGGAGAGGAAAGGUUCCUUUUUUUGAGGAUACCCCCGGAAACAGAUCCAGUGGAGGCGGGGUGGGGCCUCCUCUCGGGAGAAUCAAUGACUGCAUCUUUGAUGCACUGCUAGUACAUCCGAGAAUUCUUAAUUGGCUAGUUGUAAAUAGCCCCAGGACUAUGGAACAAAAGAUUCUCCCGGACCUACACCGAGGUAAUCUAGUAUCCUUAGGCAUGAAGAUAAUCAAUUCGGUCGUUGUGGUCGGACUCUAUUAUGGAUUUCUGACCACAUUCUCCAUAGGGCCCUCUUAUCUCUUCCUUCUCCGAUCUCAGGUUAUGGAAGAAGGAGAAGAAGGAACCGAGAAGAAGGUAUCAGCAACAACUGGUUUUAUUAUGGGACAGCUCAUGAUGUUCAUAUCGAUCUAUUAUACGCCUCUGCAUCUAGCAUUGGGUAGACCUCAUACAAUAACUGUCCUAGCUCUACCCUAUCUUUUGUUUCAUUUCUUCUGGAACAAUCACAAACACUUUUUUGAUUAUGGAUCUACUAGCAGAAAUUCAAUGCGUAAUCUCAGCAUUCAAUGUGUAUUCCUGAAUAAUCUCAUCUUUCAAUUAUUCAACUAUUUCAUUUUACCAAGUUCAACGUUAGCCAGAUUAGUCAACAUUUAUAUGUUUCGAUGCAACAACAAGAUGUUAUUUGUAACAAGUAGUUUUGUUGGUUGGUUAAUUGGUCACAUUUUAUUCAUGAAAUGGGUUGGAUUGGUAUUAGUCAGGAUACAGCAAAAUCAUUCUAUUCGAUCUAAUAAGUACCUUGUGUCAGAAUUGAGAAAUUCUAUGGCUCGAAUCUUUAGUAUUCUCUUCUUUAUUACCUGUGUCUACUAUUUAGGCAGAAUGCCGUCACCUAUUUUUACUAAAAAACUGAAAGAAACCCCAGAAACGAAAGAAAGUGAGGAAGAAACAGAACAGGAAGAAGAGGGAUUCACCGAAGAAGAUCCUUCUCCUUCCCUUUUUUCGGAAGAAAAGGAGGAUCCGGACAAAAUCCAAAUCGAUGAAAUGGAAAAGAUCCGAGUGAAUGGAAAGGACCAAACAAAGGAUGAAUUCCACUUGCACUUAAAAGAAGCAUGCUAUAAAAAUAGCCCAACUUCGUUAGAAAUACUUAAAGAAGAAAAGAAAAACUUCUUCGGGUUUGAAAAAUCCCUUCUUUUUCUUCUUUUCGACUAUAAACGUUGGAAUCGUCCAACGCGAUAUAUAAAAAACAAUCGAUUUGAAAAUGCGUUUAUCAAUUUUCUGGGAAAUGAUACAAAGAAAGAUUUCUUUGGAUACAACAGAAAAAUUCUUAUAUGA